AUGCCGGGCAGGCGGCGCGGGUCCCGGCGCGGUGAGCGGCGAAGCGGGAAGCGCUCGGCUCCGGGCUGGAGGCUGCUGGCGGCAGGAAUAGUGGGCAGGGGGCCGUGGGGACCCGCCUGCGCGCUGCGUCCCGCCGGGUGGGGGAGCGCGGCUGCACGGCCGCGGGAACCCGGGGACAGCGCGGGCGAUAGGGGGCCCCGGGUACAGCGCGGAAGAUAUGGGACCCCGGGCGACAGGGGACCCCGGGGACAGCGCGGGCGACAGGGGGUCCGGGGACAGCGCGGCAGAUAG